AUGAACAUAGUUGUGUUAUCCGGUGGAACCGCAGCCAAUGCACUACUGCCCGCUUUCGAGGCAGUUUCCAACGAACUUUCCUUCAUACUUCCGAUUUCUGAUAACGGUGGAUCCACAAGCGAGAUUCUACGAGUUUUGGGUGGUCCAGCAAUCGGAGACAUUCGUUCCCGCAUCGUUCACUUGAUCAAAGACGAAAAGCUAAGGUCUUUACUGGGAUAUCGGCUUUCCACAGAAACUACUGGUGCAAAACAAGAAUGGAACUCUAUAGUCGAGGGAACCCACGCCAUUUGGGAUGGUCUUGCCAGUGAAGUGAAAGAUAUAUGCAGAUCUUUCUUGAUCCACACUCAAGCGGAAAUCUUGAAAAAACAUAAAUCGUCUGCUCCCUUCCAGUUCGAGAAAGCUAGCGUUGGUAAUCUCUUCCUCACAGGUGUCCGGCUAUUUUUGGGAUCAUUGGAUGCAUCGAUCGAGCUUGCUCUUCGCGUUUGCCGCUGUGAUGAACGCACAAGUAUCAUUCCAUGCAUCAACACAAACCAUACUCACCAUAUAUCUGCGCUUUUGCAAAACGGUGAUGUGAUAACUGGUCAAUCCCAAAUCUCACAUCCUUCGCGGCAGCAAGUUAAGAAAAAUGGUGGUUGCGACCAGUUGCAAAUGAUGAAAACCCAAAAUAUGAGCACUGAAUCACUCGUAGGUCCCGAUUCAUCAGUUCUUUUGAAAAGUCAGUAUCCUUCGGACGAGCCAUUUGAAGAAUUUGAAGAUAACGAAGAAUAUGCAUACCCUGGAUACAUUCAUCCUGAACUCAAGCUAUCACAAUUACAUUUUGAUAAGCUGGACAUUGAGGUGGACCACUUACUACCCGCCGCGAUAAAACGAAUCUUCUACAUUAAUCCCUAUGGGGAAGAAGUGCUUCCACAAGGCAAUAAUCGAGCCGUAACUAAACUGAAAAAUAGCGAUAUGGUCGUAUAUUCUGUUGGAUCCCUGAUGACUAGUUUGCUUCCAAUCAUUAUUCUUGGAAACAUCGCAGAAACCAUGCUCGAGAAUGAACACGCCAGAAAAGUGCUUCUUGUCAAUAACAAAUACGAUAGGGAAACUUUUGGUAUGGACGGCGCCCAGUUUGUGCAACUGAUUGCCGAGUCAAUGAACAGGGCUUUGAACAACCAGAAACGCAGAAGAAAAGGCCACAAAUCAGAGAGUGCAGGAGCAGUAGCGCCGCUACCCUGGACUAAUUUCGUUACAGACUUAGUUUACUUAAAGUAUGGCGAAAUACCUGUUGAUGUCAAGUCUUUGGAGCAAUUGGGUAUCCGGACUUUCGCCAUUGAUUCCGACACAUUCCAGGUGGACUCGUUGGUCACAACAUUGCAAUCUUUGCAACCCUGA